AGACAGAUGUAGAAACCAAGGAACCGCGAAUCACUAAUCCUACAAAGCGAAGUUUGAAGUUUGUGUCAUCUCAUAGGCGGGAAUUUAACACUGUGCGGUAUACCAAAAUGACUUUCCCGACAACUGAUGAACUAUAUUCUUGUUAUGACAAGCUGUCAGAUGCUUCUACAGAUAUAAAGGAGAAGGAAGCCGUGUAUAAAAUUAUACUCGAAGGUGUCAAGGGAGAGGAAAACACGAAAAGGCUGUCUAGCCAAUUCAUAGCAAGAUUUAGCAAACUUUUCGAAAAUCUUUUGGAGGACAGUUUCAACUGCUUCCUAGAUUUGUGUGACGACGAUGACGUAAAUGUGCGAAGCCAAGUUGUGCACGAUUUGUUACAGUUCUGCAAACAUGCACGCGUUUUCGUCCCACGCGUUGCUGAUGUUCUGGUUCAGAUGUACCAGACAGAUGAUAAGAAAGAGCUAAAUGUCAUUUCUUUAGCAUUGUCUCAGCUGCUUCAUUCCGACCCAAAAGCAACCUUGCUUGGUAUAUUUAAUCAGCUUCUUUCAAUGAACGCUGAAAACUCUAGAGAAAAUACUCUAAAGUUUUUAUGUGAACGCUUAAAAACUCUACCAGAUGAUGUGUUGACGAGUGACCUCGAGUCGUUUGUUGUCGAGCAGAUUAACAGAGUAUUACACGACGUAUCUGAAGAGGAAUUUCCUAUGCUUAUUUCAAUACUGUCAUCUCUGAAAUGUAUGUCAACUCUUACUGGUAGACAGAAACUAGUCGGAAUGAUCACCCAACAAGCUCUUCAAGCUGUCCCUAUAUUUAAUGCUCGGGAUCGUGCAUGUAUAGCCCAAAUUCGCGAGAGCUGUAAACAGGCGGCCUUGUGUGUAUCCAAAAAUGUCAAUGCUCAUGAUUUGUAUAUAUACUUGUUGGAGAAGUUCCUACCACAGUUUGGUGAUUUCACUGAGGAUUCAUUCGAUGAACGGCUUAGCUUGCUUCAGUUGACUGCUGAGUUGUUGUCUUUUCCAAGCCCAGCACUUAAUUCUACAAAGUCAGAGGACAUAGUGAAAUAUUUGGACUCUUCCUUCAAUAUACUGCUGGUGUUCUUACCUAGUAUCCCUUCAGAAGAUACAACGAAAAUCUCGGAACAACCUGUGGAUAACAAACCAACGCUAAACCAUAUGGGAUUAAAGUUUUCGGAGUUGGAAGCAGUUUUAUUCAUAUGCUGUCAGCUUGGAUGUUACUCUCCAGAAUAUUUUGGGGGGAAAUCAACUGAUACUGAACUCAAAUCAUCUGCUAUUCAAAGUGGUACAGAGAGACUGCGAACUAUUAGACCUCGCCUUCAGUAUCUUAGCCAAUUAGCACAAGACUACGCUGCUAAUAUUUCUGGUCAGUUGGAUAAGGAUGUACAGUCCGAAGAAAGCAAGCUCCGUAUCAUGGCUCAUAGACUUAUGAUGAACAUCCAAAGGAUGGUACGGUGCUUCUUCCAUAAUCCUCCGAUGUUUAAGAGUAUCAACGUACCAUUGUCGUGGAUCCAGCCACUUGUUAGUCCGAUUCCUGGUACUAAACGUCCUUUUCCUACAGAGCAGGUGAAUCAAAACUCUACUGGUGCUCGGCAGACACGUGCUGAUAGACCACUGUAUACCCCACCGGUUGGCCAGUGGUCUCGUGUCGAUGGUAACGAUUUCAAUAAGGGCAGAAACCGCUUUGGUCGUGGUGGACGCGGACGUGGUCGUAAUUUCUAAAUGAGCAUUUUUCACUUCCUGUUUUCCAUAUUCUUAUUGCUGACUGUAUAAUAUACUUGAACCAGUCGUGUAGUGCGACCGAAACUUAAGGUUCAUAUUUUGCAUUUUUAUGUAUAUCGAUAAAUAAGGCGUCACAAAAUGCAACCUAUAUCUUCUUUCUAACCAGGGUGUUUUAGGAUCUAAAGCAACUGGUCCCUUUGAUAAAUUUAAACAGCGUAAUGAGAAGACGAAGAUUAUCUGAAACAUGUGGUGUUUUAGGAUCGUUGUUUUCAGAAUGUCAACCAUUGUUUGUUCAAAUAAUUUAGUAUCCUAGGUAAAUACAAUGUUUGUUUUCCUUGAAUAUCUUGAUAUCAGGAUUAUUAACUCG